GUGAGCGGGGGGAGUGAAGCUGAAGCAUUCCUCAGACCAAGCCGGUUUCUCCCGGCGCAACUCAACUCUUUCAAUUGCGGUCUAAGCUACAGUCACCGCCUCCCUCCGUUCUGAUCAGAGGAGGAGUUGAGAUUGGAGGUGGAGGGGCGAGUCUUCCCCACGGUCUCGUCUUUCUCACCGGUCAUGGACGACGCCUACGCGAGAUCCAUCCACGAGGUGCUGGAAGCCUUCAAUGUGGAUCCUGCCAAAGGGCUCUCGGAUUUGCAGGUUGCCGAAAAUGCAAGAAUUUACGGCAGAAACGUUCUGCCUCAGGAAGGAAGCACACCCUUUUGGAAGUUAGUAUUAAAGCAAUUUGACGAUUUACUUGUUAAGAUACUCAUCGUUGCUGCAAUAGUCUCAUUUGUUUUGGCCCUCAUGAAUGGUGAGACGGGCCUUACGGCUUUUCUCGAACCUUCAGUAAUCUUGCUGAUCUUGGCAGCAAAUGCGGCUGUAGGGGUCAUAACCGAAACAAAUGCUGAAAAAGCUCUUGAAGAGUUGCGGGCAUACCAAGCAGAUAUCGCUACAGUGCUGCGAAAUGGUUGCUUCUCAAUAAUACCAGCAACUGACAUUGUACCUGGAGAUAUUGUUGAAGUUGGAGUGGGAUGCAAAGUUCCUGCAGACAUGAGGAUGAUUGAAAUGUUAAGUAGCCAUUUCCGUGUAGAUCAGGCAAUACUUACAGGUGAAAGUUCUUCUGUUGCAAAAGAGCUAGAUUGCACUAAGAUGUCAAAAGCUGUUUAUCAAGACAAGACAAAUAUCCUCUUCUCGGGAACAGUGGUAGUCUCUGGCAGAGCUAGAGCUGUAGUCGUUGGGGUUGGGUCAAGCACUGCAAUGGGAAGUAUUCGUGAUGCGAUGCUAAGAACAGAAGAUGAGAUGACCCCUUUGAAGAAAAAACUGGAUGAAUUUGGGACUUUUUUGGCAAAGAUAAUUGCAGGAAUUUGCAUACUCGUCUGGGUUGUAAACAUUGGACACUUUCAUGAUCCUGCUCAUGGUGGUAUUAUACGUGGUGCAAUUCACUAUUUCAAGAUUGCAGUGGCUCUUGCAGUUGCAGCAAUUCCUGAAGGGCUGCCAGCCGUUGUAACAACGUGCUUGGCUCUUGGCACAAAACGUAUGGCUCGACUAAAUGCAAUUGUGAGAUCAUUGCCAUCUGUUGAGACAUUAGGUUGUACAACUGUAAUCUGCACUGACAAAACUGGUACUCUUACAACAAACAUGAUGUCUGUAUCGAAGGUGUGCGUUGUGGACUCCGUGCAUCGAGGUCCUGUUUCCUUGGAGUACAGUGUGACUGGAACUACAUAUGCUCCUGAAGGUAUCAUCAUGGAUUUGGGAGGAGUGCAGCUUGAAUUUCCUGCUCAGUUUCCUUGCCUUCUUCACAUUGCUAUGUGCUCGGCGCUUUGCAAUGAAUCAACUUUGCAAUAUAAUCCUGAGAAGGGAUCUUAUGAAAAGAUUGGAGAGUCAACAGAAGUUGCAUUGCGUGUUCUGGCAGAAAAGGUUGGCCUGCCAGGAUUUGAUUCUAUGCCUUCAGCUUUAACUAUGCUAAGUAAACACGAACGUGCCUCUUAUUGUAAUAGAUACUGGGAGCACCAAUUUAAAAAGGUUUCCGUUUUGGAGUUUUCUCGUGAUCGCAAAAUGAUGAGUGUUCUUUGUACCCGAAAGCAGCAGGAGGUUAUGUUUUCAAAGGGUGCUCCGGAGAGCAUAAUAGCUCGAUGCACAAAUAUACUAUGCAACAGUGAUGGCUCUUCUGUACCCCUUACUGCAGAUAUAAGAGCAGAGUUGGAGGCGAGGUUCCAGAGUUUUGCAGGCAAAGAGUCUCUAAGAUGUUUGGCUCUUGCCUUAAAGAGGAUGCCUCCAGGCCAGCAUACUUUGUCUUUUGAAGAUGAAGAAAAUUUGACGUUCAUUGGAUUGGUUGGAAUGCUUGACCCUCCACGGGAGGAAGUACGAAAUGCUAUUCUGACAUGCAUGUCUGCCGGGAUACGUGUGAUAGUUGUUACUGGCGAUAACAAGUCUACUGCAGAAUCUCUCUGCCACAGAAUUGGGGCUUUUGAUCAUCUUCCUGAUUUUGCUGGAUAUUCUUAUACUGCUUCCGAAUUUGAGGAUCUUCCCCCUUUGCAGAAAGCAUUGGCUUUACAACGUAUGGUGCUCUUCACCAGGGUUGAGCCCUCACAUAAACGCAUGCUUAUUGAAUCACUGCAGCAUCAAAAUGAAGUGGUAGCAAUGACUGGUGAUGGUGUCAAUGAUGCCCCAGCACUGAAGAAGGCAGAUAUAGGAAUUGCAAUGGGAUCAGGAACUGCUGUUGCAAAGAGUGCUGCUGAUAUGGUGUUGGCUGAUGACAAUUUUGCUUCUAUUGUUGCUGCUGUUGCAGAAGGAAGAGCUAUAUACAAUAACACAAAACAAUUCAUUAGAUACAUGAUCUCUUCAAAUAUCGGAGAAGUAGUUUGCAUUUUUGUUGCUGCUGUACUUGGCAUGCCUGAGACUCUUGUUCCGGUCCAACUUCUGUGGGUUAAUCUUGUCACUGAUGGGUUGCCAGCUACUGCCAUUGGGUUCAACAAACAGGACUCCAAUGUCAUGAUGGCCAAACCUCGUAAGAUUAGUGAAGCAGUAGUAAGCGGGUGGCUGUUUUUUCGUUAUUUAGUGAUUGGAGCUUAUGUUGGCAUUGCAACUAUUGCUGGUUUUGUGUGGUGGUUUGUUUAUUCUGAUGGUGGGCCCAAACUGCCUUACAGUGAACUGGUAAAUUUUGAUACAUGUUCGGCAAGAGACACUGCAUACCCAUGCAGUGUGUUUGAGGAUCAUCAUCCAUCUACUGUAUCAAUGACUGUGCUUGUCGUUGUCGAGAUGUUUAAUGCUCUGAACAAUUUAAGUGAAGAUCGUUCAAUCAUAGAAAUCCCCCCUUGGAGCAAUUUAUGGCUGGUUACAUCUAUUAUUCUGACCAUGAUUCUGCACAUGCUAAUCCUUUAUGUGAAGCCGCUUUCAGUACUAUUCUCUGUCGCUCCACUAAGUUGGUCUGAUUGGAAGGUCAUCUUCUUUCUUUCAUUUCCUGUUAUCAUAAUUGAUGAAAUACUGAAAUUUUUCUCAAGAAAUUUCAGAGGAAGAAGGUUCAACUUCAGAUUUGGGAGACGUGAUUUAUUGCCAAAAAAAGAAGCACACGCCAAAUAAGAUAGUUUGGAAGAGAAGCUUGUCUGAUCAUAGGCCCCCAUUUCCUUCAUAUGGGUGAAAAAAGUUUUGACAUUGAGGUUGCUUUCUAUGCUGCAUUCUGUGAAGAAAUUUUGAUCACUGAUCAUGAAAGUGCAGAAUGUCUACUCACGGAAGAAGACGCUGCUAUGUACAAAUGUUUGUUCCUCCUACUGCAAGUCGGUUGAGCCGUGGGCAGGUGCCCCACCAUUUUUUCGCACAAGUUAUAUUGGUCUUGUUGUAAGUUAUAAGAGUUACUUUACUUGAGCUCUCAAAAAUGUUUUUUUUUUUUUUUUUCUCUCUUUUCUGGAGGACGGUUUAGCAUAGAUCACUCUUAUGUACUCUCUCCCUCAAAGGAAAAUGUCGAGAUGCUUGAAGGGCCAACCAAGUUCCUGGAUGUCUGGUUAAUGCGAUUGUUGCCAGGGGUGAUUUGUUGUUUGCAAUCCCUCAGCAGUUCACUUUGGUAAUUGUAACUUCUGUUUUUGCAUUUCUUGAAUCUCUUAAUAAUGUUAUGCCCACAUUGCAUGAAAAUUUAACUUUUUCAGAUAAAGAGAAAAUAUUACGUGACAUGCUCAUGAAUUUUUUAGAAAUA